GGAUUCGUUUUAUUGCUGCUGAUUAAGCUGUUCAAAGUCUUUCGGUAAAUCAGUUCGCCCGAAACGCACGGGAGAAGAAGGUUCUUAUCGUACACACUUAUCGCACAAAACAUUAAAAUACUCAAGCACCGUACACACACGCAGCACGGGUGAGCGUUGACAGAUGGAAAUCGAUGUUGAUGUAGCAGCGAUUACACUCGUUUGUUUUCAUUGGCGGCAUGAAACGAAUAAAGGCGCGAAAAGUAUUUCAUGCUGGCAUUGGUUCCAAAAAAAUAAAUAAAAAAAUUACAGCUGCCGAGAGAAACUUAUAUUUCGUUCCAAAUAAUCGCCUUUCUUCAUUCUUUCCAAACUGCAAACUUCCUUCGUUAUUGUUGCCGUGUAGUUGGUGCUUAAGCGGGAAUGGUUUGUUGCUGAUUUGACAGCAUCACAGCCACCCUUUCGAGGAAAAAAACAGCAAAACGUUCCUCACCCACACUGGAGGGUGGUUGUGCUGUAGAACAUUUCGCCUUGAAGAAAUGUCGUUUUCUUGAGCAAAAGCAAACACUAAAUGGAUGCUUCGCGUGCGUCCAGAACGGAAACUAAACCCCCGUGUACAUAUCAGUGCAGUAGAGUAGCGCUUCCCGUGCGUAUGUUUGUGUGUGCCUAGUGUCCCGGCCGGAAGUGAGGGGGCAGGUCAGGAAAAAUGGAAAACAGCACCAGGAUACAGGGAUAUGGUGGUUCUUUAGUGUGAAAAUUUCGUGUCGCAUUCACUGCUUUGUGCGUGUGUGUGUGCUUCGAACGGUGCCCUCCCCACCCCAGGUUGGAAAAGCACAAGUUGUACAGAAAAUCAUCGUCAUCAUCAUGAUGCCCGUGAAGCGCAGCAGGCUGACCAAGAGACACUGAAACCCAAGCAGGUAGCAUCUUUGGUUGGCGAAACAAGCUAUUGGUGUAAACAACACAACCACUAUCCGGGGAAGGCAAGCUUCCCAUGCAAAGUCGGAUGCUGGGAGCGCUCCCCCGACCGUAAUUAGUCACGACGAAGAUGAACCAAUUAUUGUCGUCUCGAACCACCUGCAGCCGCCACAGUAGUAGAACCCGCACGGUAUCGCACCGACAGCAGCAACAGUCGAGGCAGGCGUUGGAAUGCAACAGCACAGAACAGAACGCACGAGCAGAUGGCGGAACAGCGAUGGCACGGUACCGGAUGAGGGGAAAACUGCACACCACCGUGUUCUGGCUGGUGCUGCUCCAGCUGCUACCGCUCCCGUACGUGCAGGUUGGCUUAACGCUGGCCAAAACGCAAACAAGACAAUCGUGCGAUAAAACGCGACGCAUCUUCACCCAAUCGUACGGUGAAAUCAGCGAUGGCCCAGCCGGUUCUAAUUACACACAGGAUUCUCAUUGCGAGUGGUUGAUAAGGGCGCAGAAUGAUAGUCAAUUUAUAACGCUCAAAUUUCGUAGCAUGGGCACCGAGUGCUCGUACGAUUAUAUCUUCAUCUACGAUGGUGACUCGUUCCGGUCGCCACUGCUGGGUAGUUUCAGUGGCAAUACGGAACCGCAGCACGUGAUCGCUAGCUCCGGUAGUAUGCUAAUUUUGCUAUACAGCGACACCAAUUACGUGCUGGAAGGCUUUCGGGCCGAGUUUGCCGUCACGAACUGUCCCAACAACUGCACCGGUAAUGGUCGAUGCGUUGAUCAUGCGUGUGUCUGUGAUCGUGGAUGGAUUGGGCACGACUGUAGCUUGAAUGCUUGCCCGGGCCGGUGUGGUGAGGCUAAUAGUCGGGGGACGUGUGCGGGUGAUCGCUGUGAAUGCUCAAAGGACUAUGUGGGCCAGGCCUGUGGUCUUCAUCGCUCUGCUCCCGCUCCGAAGGAGUGGCAUUGGAUAUCUAACUCCAAAAAUGGACUACCACCACGUGCCGCCCAUACAGCCGUCUACUACGAACCGUCCGACGCACUGUACGUGUUCGGCGGGUACAAUUUAAACGAAGUGUUUGACAGUUUGUACGUGUUCCGGUUCGAUAGAAAUCAUUGGGAGGACGAGUGGGGUAUCCGGGUCGAUCAGAACUACAGUGAACCGUCCACCGAGGAGGAAAAGUUUUUACGCCGCACACAGUUUCUCGAGGAAGAGUCGGAGCGUUUGUCGCGGGAGCCAAACUUCCUGAGCAAUGUUAUCUACACGCUUUCGGACAAUCGAACCGGUGGAAUCGGGUACGGUGAAGGACUUUCCAAUGGAACACGCCCAGCCGGAAGGUAUGGGCACGCUGCUGCUGCCGUUGCCGAUGGAUUUGUAGUUUUCGGUGGAAAGCUAGGCACUAACGGUGAGCUGGCGAAUGAUCUCUGGCUGUACAAUGUGUCGCACAAUGGUGGUGUUUGGUUCGAGCGUGCCACGGAAUCGUCGAUACGGCCACCAGCUCUCACACGCCACACGCUAACGCUAGCCGGUGAAUUUCUGUACGUGUUCGGUGGUGCGAUGGAGGACGGUGAAUUUUCAUCGAAACUGUUCCGGAUACGGCUCAUCCCGGACGCGCCAGAAGCGGACCAGUGGGAAGAGGUAGUCCCACGGGGUGGAAAAUCGCUCGACGUGCGUAUGGUCGCGCACACAACUUCGUACCAACGGGCCACAAACUCUCUCAUCGUGUACGGUGGGCUGCUAGCGAAUGUGGCACGAUUUUCGCGACUAUCCGAGCGUAUGUUCGCCUUUCAGCUUGAUCACAAACAUUGGGCCGAGCUACAGUAUCCCCGGACGGCCUUGCACGAUGGGUACGCACCGCGCGAACGAGCCUUCCACACGACGAACAUCAUCGGGAAUUAUCUCAUCGUUUUCGGUGGCUAUUCACACAAGCACAACAAGGAGGAAAUUUGCUACGAUAAUCAGAUGUAUCUGUACCAUCUCGGCUGUCACAGCUGGGUAAACCCGGAAGUGCUGGGACCGGGCCCGAGCAGCAAAUACCGGUAUCCGAAGAAGCAGGGCGUGUUUGCUCAUGCGGCUGCGGUGCGGAAAGGCAACACGCUGCUCGUCGUCGGUGGUUACCAUGGCAAUGUGAACGGUGAUCUGCUCGCCUACUCACUGCCGCUAAUGCUAGUGGUGCACGAUGAUGUGACGUACGCGCCGGAAGCGGCAUGCAUACGGCACACGUCGUUUAACGAGUGUUUGGCUGAUUUGGAGUGUGGCUGGUGUUCGGCGGACAGUGUGUGCUACGGGCGGACGAUCGGUGCCAACUGUACCACGAAUUUGCAGACGACACGCUGCAAGGGUAUCUGUUCCGUGCUGGGGGACUGUCAUUCGUGUCUGGUGCACGGUACAGCUACGCUAGACGAAGAUGGAGAAUUUCCCCGCAAAGGAGGCAAACGGCUCCAGCAUAUGCAAUCCAUUGCGCACAAGCUGGGUCUCGAUCGGUGUACCUGGUGCGUGCAGAAUGCUCGCUGUCACCACAAGGACGAUAACUAUGGCGUGUGUGGAGAGGACACUCCAUCGCAAAAACCGGGCUGGUGGGGUGCGAAAGGAACCGAAGUGACGAAACCGAGUGAAUGUACCGCACAAGACAAACGACCCGGGCUUACGUUUCUCAAGUACCUUUAUCCGAUGAACAUCUCCAUGCCGGAUGCGGUGAUGAUCGUUAAUGCCACAAUGGCGGAUUUUACCUCACCACCCACAAACACACCAACGGAGCAGCAGCUCGGUGGACAGGUUGUGGCCCGUCUGCUGGGCUUUAUACGCUUUCCACCCCUGACCGAUCAAGCGAUUGCGCGGCUGAAGGCGUGCGUUAGCCAUGCGGAUGCGAUCCUUCGCACGGUGCGUGUAGCGAGUGCGGCACGUCGGAAAGGGGAGGCGAGUUCUCCACUGACCACGCUCGACCUGGAAACGAUGGUGGCGACAAACAUCACCGCCAACGAGAGCGUCUGCGAGAUAGUGAAGUGGAAUGAUCGGGUCAAUAUUUUGGUGGAUUUUCAAGCGCAGCGAAACAGUCGCGGUGCAGGCUAUUACGGAGGUUCCGGUGGGCAUCACCAUCAUCACGGGCACCAUGCGGAUUUGAGUAAGAUGAGCUUGCAGCACUUUUACGGCAGUGUACUGCAGGCUUUCACAUUCGAGUUUCUCGAACCCUACUCGAACGGCACGGAUUGCGGAUCGUACGGCAACUGUCUCGAAUGCUUGUCGGAUUCGGCGUGCGGUUGGUGUGAGCUAACCAACGGCUGUCUAUCGCGCAAAGCGCACGAACCGGAAGCGUGUCGCCGUGGGCUGAACUGGCGAUAUCUAACCAUCCAGCCGGCCCACUGCUCCAACUGCUCAAACUUUGUGUCGUGCGAGCAGUGUAUCGGCCAUUCGGCGAACCAGUGCGAAUGGUGGACGGAGGAUGCAACGUGUGCGAGACGUGGCCGGUCGGAGAUCGCGGUAAGGACGCUCGAUCAAUGCCCCAUGCCUUGCUACCUGCGGACGGAUUGUUCCGCGUGCCUGAACGAUCGUGGCCGGUGUGUUUGGUGUGAGGCCACCAGCCAGUGCUUUUCCUUUUCGGUGUACACCAGCGAGUAUCAGUUCGGGAUGUGCCGCGAGUGGCUUGAUCAGACGCUGCCGAUAACGGUUCCGCCCGUGAUCGAGCAGGACGGGACCGGUGCGCCAAUGGUGCAGCAUUGCAAAUCGUGUGCAAGCCACCAAAAUUGUUCGUUUUGCUUACGAUCGCUCAGCUGCGGCUGGUGCUACGACGCGGAUAAUCCGAUCAAUGGUGUGUGCAUGCAGGGUGACUUUAACCGCUCGUCGCAAGGGCUGUGUGGCAGUGGGCAGCCGCUUCUGCUCGGAUCAUCGAACGCGACGGAGGAACCGGUAAGGACGAGCUGGGCGUACGCCCAGUGUCCGGAUGUGGAUGAGUGUGAGCUGCGACUGCACGACUGCCACGAGCAGGCCGAGUGUAGCAAUACGCACGGUUCGUACAGCUGCAAGUGUCGCAAGGGGUUCGUCGGAGAUGGUGUCCGGUACUGUCAGCAGACGUGCUACGAGCCCUGCAUACAUGGACACUGCUCCGGAGCGCCCGACUUUCGCUGCGUCUGUGAUCUCGGAUGGACGGGCGUGGGAUGUAGCGUGAACUGUGCGUGCAACAACCAUUCCACGUGCCUGCAGGGUGUCGGAAGGUGUGAUCGGUGUCUGAAUUGGACGGAGGGUGAAUUCUGCGAGCGCUGCAGUCCGGGCAGUUUUGGCAAUGCGACAACCGAAGCGGGCUGCAGGCGUUGUGACUGCAAUGGGCACGGUAACGUGGCACUCGGGAUUUGUGAUGCGAAGACGGGCGAGUGUUACUGCCAGGACUAUACCGAGGGGCUUCGGUGCGAGGUAUGCAAUCGGAACUUUUACGGCGACCCGAAGGACGGUGGACAGUGCUACCAUCAGUGUGCGUCGCGCGGUGUGCUGACGCAGGUCGGUACGCAAGGGCUCGGCUCGUUUCAGUCGUAUCGGUCGAGCUGGAGCGGACAGGAAACGCGCGAAUGUCUGUGGAUCGUCAGUCCGCAGGGCCGGGGAGGUGGUGGUGCGGUAUCGACCGUAUCGACCGAGCUGCGGAACGCGAUCAUACAGAUCGAGAUCGAGCCGGAACGGAUGAAUGUGACCUGUGGCGAGAAUGCGGUGUACGUGUACGACGGACUUCCCGACCUGACUGGUGUUGCCCAACAAAAGCAGCUGAUCGCGGUGUUUUGCAGCGAGGAACGCGGCUCGUGGAUAGCGGAAGCACGCUCCGGACAUCUUACGGUACACUUCAAGAAAGGUCCAGCACCGGAGCAAGGCUUCAAUGCGAUCUACUCCGUGCUGAGCUGUGCUGCGGCUAGCUGCCAGCGACCGUACCUUUGCUCCGACGAUGGACGUUGCGUUUGUCCGAAAGGUUUCACCGGUCCGCGGUGCAUGAUGCGAAUCUGUCCGUCGGAUUGCAAUGAGGAGAGCAAGCGUGGCGCGUGUGACAAUGCGUACGGACGGUGCAUCUGUGCGGCCGGGUACGGUGGCGACGAUUGCUCGCAACCGGUGAAACCGUCCAGUGUGGUGUUUACCGAGCUGUUCAAUUCGUACCUGGUGUCGGAAAGCUUCGAGCAUCUGCGGAAAACGUUGCCUCGGUUCGGCCACUCGUUGGUGGCGGAUCGUCGCGGAUCGCUGUGGAUGUUUGGCGGGUACUCGCUGUCGCAUGGACCGCUGAACGACAUCCGGCAGUUUGACACGAAGAACAACACGUGGAUGCAGGUGACGGUUGACUCUAGCCCGGAGGAUCGUAUGCCACAGGGACGCUACUACCAUGCAGCCGAAAUCGUCGGCAGUCGGCAGGCAAUCUACGUGUACGGUGGCUUGUCACGCAACGGCACCCUGGACGAUCUGUGGCAGUUUGGCCUGCAGACCCAGCGCUGGAGUUUGGUGGUGGCCCACAAUGAAACACGACCGCCAGCACUCGCCGGACACACGCUAACAGCGGUUGGGCGCGAAGAGUUACUGCUCCUGAUCGGAGGCUACACCAUUGGCCGAGGACUUCAGGGGUCCGUUUGGUUGUUUAACCUUGCCACGGCUAGCUGGUCGGUGGUGACGACCCACGGAGCAUCUCCGGGUGGAAUUUAUGGCCACACGGCAGUGUACCAUGCACCGAGCGCGGCCGUAUACGUGUACGGUGGGGUGAGCAAAACGCAGGAUGGCGGCGAGUCCGGUGUAUCGAAGCGAUUGUACGCCUUCAGCAUCCCGACGCGUCGUUGGACCGAGUUGCCAUCGUUUAACUUCCACGGUGUAGCGGAUUAUGUGCCACCGGCGCGCUACCUUCAUUCGGCAGUUGCAACCGAACACUACAUGCUGGUGUUUGGUGGGCGAGCCGCUAAAAACGGUACGAUGUCGUUGGCCCGCGAAGAAGUCAUGGUUGCGUACGUUUACCGGUGCAAUCAGUGGAUCCGGCUGGCGAAGGACGCGGAGAAGGUUGGUGGAAGCUACGGCGUUACGUACGCGCAGGCGAUGGCACAGGACCCGGAAGGGGGUUCGAUCUACGUGGUGGCCGGAUGGGAUGGUAGCAAUCAUUGCCGGGUGACGCGGAUCGAUCUACCGCUGGAUAUGUGCGAUCUGUGGAGUGGUUCCAAGUACUUUUGCCGUCAGUAUUCCGGCUGUAGCUUCUGCUCCGUGAAGGGCGUCCCGGGAGAAACGACCUCACACUGCUACUCGGCCGGUGGAUCGUAUCACGCCUGCGAAGGGUACAAUGGAACGAUCUCGUUUAACAGCGGGACGUCCUGCGACGGACAGUGGAUCGGUAGGAGAGACUGUGCCUCGUUCCAGACCUGCUCGACGUGCUUGGCCAGCUACCCGUGGCACGGUGAGAGCGAAUCACCGUGCAAGUGGUGUCCGGAAUGUCAUCCAGCGGCGAAUAAUGUGUACAGCUGCGUUGAGCGGUCGGCUGACUGUGGUACACACGAUGGGUGUUCCGCUAAUCGGACCGCGCUAACCGGACAGGACGAGUGUCCCGGGCUGCCGGGAAAAGGAUGUGUGGCGGAUGACUGUGAAAGUUGUGUUGCCCUGCCGGGAUGCGGUUGGGAGCUGGAGCAGGCUGGAUCCAGGUACCGUUGUCGGCAGAUGUUUACGGUGGAAGCAGGAGCUGAGGCGAGGAAUGAAACACGAAUCGCGUCCAGCUGUCCAACAGCGUGCAGUGCGUUUAAGAAUUGUAGCUCGUGUGUGAAACAUUCCAGCCGACCGUCCGAGUGUCUGUGGUCCACCCAGCUAAACGAGUGCAUUUCGCCCACGUUCCAGCCGCUGUACUGUUCGGGUGGCAUCUGUGGGCUGGUGGUGCGCCCGAACGAUCCACAGCACUGUCCGGAACCGUGCGCCAGUUUUACGCAGUGUUCCAGCUGUCUGCGCCACGCGUACUGUGGAUGGUGCUCGAAGAACGGCACCGAUGGGGAUGGUGUGUGUACGGAAGGUUCCGUCGAUGGGCCGGCGAACCAUCCCGCCGGGUCCACCUGUGCCGCGAUCUAUCAAACGCGCAGCAAAACGCCCGCCAAUGCGACGGAACCGUUCGGGUGGAACUACUUCAAGUGUCCGCCGGAGAACGAGUGUGCGAACGGGCAUCACAACUGCAAUGCAAAAUCGCAACGCUGCGUCGACCAUCUCCAUGGUUACGAGUGUGUGUGCGCGCCGGGAUAUAACUCGUCCAGUCUGGGCGGUGGUGGAGGUGGCGCCUGUGUGCCGGUGUGUAGUCAAGGCUGCGUUCGUGGACUUUGCACCGAGCCGGACGUGUGCAGGUGUGACUUUGGGUAUGUCGGUGCGAACUGUAGCAUCCAGUGCCAGUGCAACGGGCAUUCGAACUGUUCCGGUGCGGAUCAGCUGGAUCGGUGUGGCCAUUGCCACAACAACACGAUGGGCCCGCAGUGUGACAAAUGUCUGCCGUUUUACGUUGGCGAUCCCCGGAACAGUGGGACGUGCGUGCCGUGCGUGCAGUACUGUAACGGGCAGACGGACCUCUGCAUUGGCCGCGAUCAGGAAGCGACGAUGCGGAACAUGUCACGGCAGGAGUUGAAGCGGCUGGUGACGGAAGGUCCGCUGGCGGAUGCGAUCUGUCUCGGGUGCGGUAACUAUACGGACGGUGAUCAGUGCGAGACGUGUGUGCCGGGGUACUUCCGCAAAUCGGCCACCCCCGGGAAGGCAUGCUCGCCGUGCGAGUGUAACGGGCACGGCGAUAUGUGCGAUCCGAUGACGGGCGAGAAGUGUAACUGUGGCAAUAAUACCGAGAGUGAUAAUACCUGCUCGUCAAAGGGGAAGAACCACGCGUUCAACUGCUGGUCGCUGCAGUGCACCAAGUGUCGGGACUCGUACUCCGGCCAUCCGAAUAAUGGACGGCAGUGCUACAAGCACAUCACGGUGGAGUCACGGAUGUGCUUCGACGCGAAGACGAUAGAUGAAUGUAAAAUCAAACCACAGCCACUGAAACCGGGCCAGACGGUGUUUUUCGUCAUCCAGCCACGCUACAUGAACGUCGACAUUCGCUUCAUCGUGGACGUGACGCAGGGUGAGCUGGAUUUCUACAUGAGCCCUACGGACGAGUCGUUCAUCGUGCAGACGAACGUCACCACAGGCCACCACGACAUCCUGCUUGAUGGCAGGUACGUUUAUUUCCAGCAGCGGUUCGAAAGCUUCCGGUACAGCUCAACGGGAUCGCGCUCCUUCGACGAGAUGCAGCCCCUCAACAUCCAAGCGUCGGAUGCACCGCCGGCCGGGGAGAAAAACUCGCCCGUGUGCGGUGGAAUCAUGAACGACGAUUUCUACGUGCACGAUCGUACUGCGCGCGAUCUAAUAACGUACGUAACGCUGCGCCAGUGCAAAUCGCUGCUGCGCGUGUUCGGUCUGAAAAACCGGCUCGUCGUUACGUUGCCCCACACGGUGCACGCGCUCGGGCAGACGAAGUUUUACAUUGCACUGCGCGCCCGGCCCGGCUCCACCGCCAGCUACGGGUUGGUGUUUUUCCGCCAGGAUCAGCUCCACAUCCAUCUGUUUGUGUUUUUCUCCGUGUUUUUCUCGUGCUUCUUCCUGUUUCUCGCUAUCUGCGUACUGGCGUGGAAAGCGAAACAGGCGGCCGACAUGCGCAGGGCACGCCGGCGCCAUGUCGUGGAGAUGCUGCACAUGGCGAAGCGCCCGUUUGGCCGGGUAAAUCUUUCGCUCGAAGGCCCACCGGUAGAGGCGGCAGUCGUAACGCCGGCACCGCACAGAAGACGUGGCCGAACUUCGAAACAUUCCACCAGCGCCGGUGGAGGGAGUGGUGCCCAUCAUCAUCACCACCACCAUCACCAUCAUCAUCAUCAGCAGCAGCAGCAGUCACACCCUCAUCAUCAACCGGAUAUAGGUCCGAUAGCGUUAGAACCAACCGCAGAUAACUAUGCCGCAGUCGGCACCGUGUUCGUACGGUUGCCCGGCAAGCAAAAGUCACAGAUAACGCUGGCGCUUGCCUCGGCACUGAUCGUGAAUGGGCGCACGUCCGGUGGCAGCUAUCCGUCCCAUUCGCGUGCGGCCGGCAACAGCGGGCAUCAUCGUCGCCGCAGUUCACCCGGUGGUGGAAGCGUUUGUCACGCGUCACCACGGCAGCAUCCGCUACAGUACUACAAUCAUCAGCAGCAGCAGCAGCAGCAACAGCAACAGCAACAGGUGCAGCAACAGAGAGCAGAACCGGCCGAUGUGGUUGGACCGCUGGCCGAACGGCAACCAUUCAUCGAAGUGCACCACCACGAGCAGGUUCCGCUGCAACCGCUAGCACCGAACCGCGAGCGACCGUAAUUGGAAAUUGGAAGGAAACAAGCAGGGACCUUUACGGCACAUCGUUUAGCCAAUUCUUCUUUGUUUUGUUUGUUUGUUACUUUUCACAAACCGUUAAGUGUAACAACGUGACGAGUGUCUAUCCUGGGGAGAGUGCAUUUGUAUCGUUCCAGAAGUAUUUAUGCAUCAUGCGCAUGAUGUGCAUGUGUGUUUUUGUGUUAAAUCAUAUCGAACUUAGUCCAAUUUCAAGCUCCGUUUUGUGUGUGACAUAAGAACAGAGACGGGGCGGACACCCGCGUCAGGGGUCGUCUCGAAGAUUUUGUUGAUCUGUUUGGCGAGUUUGGCAUUAGCAAGCAACUGAACGGCAUUUUGUUUCGAAGAUCGAGAAGAUAACCAAUAGAUCAAUGCUUUUAACUGUUUUUCGUUUAUGAGGGAAUAAUCGGGUCGAAAAAUACAGGGUUUCUCAGGCCAGUUCAACGUUGCAAAAAAAAUAAAUAAAUAAAAUAAAAUACAGGGUUUCUCAGGCCAGUUCAACGUUGUAACACUAAACGUCGGCAGCAUAAAACGAUAAUCCGACGUGGUAUACGCAAUUCAGCCUCGUUAGCCCUUCUCAACAUGGGAAAACAAACUUUCAACUGUGUAAAAUCCCAACUCGCCAAUGGCAUGAGAAACCCCCGGCAAGUGUUUGGACGCUCAUAAAUCACAUCGGUCAGCAGCAACAUUGUCCACUUCACUUAAAUAUUAGUCAAUUUCGAUCAACAACAGUUAGAAAACCGACAAUUGUUUAAGUGGACAGUGUUGCUAGAUUGCUCGUGUGGCAGACAAUGCGGACAAUCGUUUGCUAUUUUCACCUGAUGCAACUCUGUAGAUAGUGCUCUAAACUAAGUAAUCUCAGCCAAGCUAAUGCGACAACUCGCUCACCGUUUUGUGUUUGGGGGUUAGUUGCAAGCGUGUGAUUGUACUAAUGGUGUAAGAUCUGUUUAUUUUUUUAAUUUUUCUAAAUUAAAUCUAUUUACAAUGAUUAAUGCUUAAUAAGUUAGCUCUUGUAGGAAAUAUUGUACAUGUACAGCUUGAGGUGCGUUUUACUAUAUCUUUGUGUGUGAUUGAUGAUCUCGCUGGACAAAAGAAAAACACGAAACAAAACUAGCUAUCUAAAGCCUUUUUUUUGGCUGGCGGACACGUUCGAAAAAGACAUUCAACGGCACAUCCUUCGGCAAGCCAUCUCGAACGAUUUUAGACCAUUAGCAGCCGUGUGAAGAAUGUGUGCGUGUGAUCGUAGGGCAAGAGCGGGAGUGCAAUAGAUAUUACAAAAAAACAGCUUUAGCUUUUAGCUAUAUGAUCAGUUUAGUAGUAGCUUGGUAGUAGACGAACUUGUUUAACUAUGCAACACUUGAUAGAGCGCAAAUCUGUACUGUACAUCCUAAUAAGCCACCAGUAACCAAAACGUGAUACCGAAUGUUUACCAGAAGAAGCGGAUCGAGAUCGGCGCAUUCGAUCACCGGCGAGCCUCGUCGGAUGGGGUUUCGAAUUAUGAUCUCGAAGGCACAGCACUCGCAUAUGUAUUUGUUAAAAACAAGAAACUAUUUUCGCUGCACGCCAAACCCUACCGAGCGCGCAGCAACACAGUUUACUCUGCUUACACAACGCUAACAAACUAACGCUAUACUUACCGAAUCGAUUGUUUAGUGAUUUUUUGUUUGUUUGUUUGUUAACUUUAUUCUUUUUCUGUUUGCAUACCGAGAGCGGUGUGCGUGUGUGCAGUGUCCAGUGAACCGUUUGACGAAUCUGCAAUACGAUACGCGCGUAGAAUAAAUUUAUAAAAGAAACAAAAAAAAUUACACCCACAAUGUGGUGCAAACCAUUAGCGAACAAAUGAUGUAGAUAAUGAUGAAGUAAAAAGGGACGGUAGGACAUAUACAUAAGGUAAGCACAGUAACAAAAACCAAACCGAACAAUCGCAAACAAAACCAGAGGAAGCUACGCUUCUGUGGGGGGGAUCCGGAUACAGGAUCCGAGCAGUACGUCCGAUUUCGAAGCAUAAAUUCCUGUAUGCUGAUUAAAAUAUUUUUUUGUAUAAAGACGUCCGGGAAUGCCGGGGCGGCUGUCUUGGCAAACGGAAAAGGGCAGCCCCAUGUGUAGUCUCAAUAAAGUGACAUAACGUGAA